UGGGAUGCCAUUACUGAAAUGGAUGAACAUAACAGGCCCAUUCACACGUACCAGGUAUGCAAUGUAAUGGAACCAAACCAAAACAAUUGGCUUCGUACCAACUGGAUCUCCCGAGAUGCAGCUCAGAAGAUUUAUGUGGAAAUGAAGUUCACACUGAGGGAUUGUAACAGCAUCCCAUGGGUCUUGGGGACUUGCAAAGAAACAUUUAAUCUGUAUUAUGUGGAAUCAGAUGAGUCCCAUGGAAUUAAAUUCAAGCCAAGCCAGUAUACAAAGAUCGAUACAAUUGCUGCUGAUGAAAGUUUUACCCAGAUGGAUUUGGGUGACCGUAUCCUCAAACUCAACACUGAAAUCCGUGAGGUGGGGCCUAUAGAAAGGAAGGGAUUUUAUCUGGCUUUUCAAGACAUUGGGGCUUGCAUUGCCCUGGUCUCCGUCCGUGUUUUCUACAAAAAGUGCCCCUUCACUGUUCGUAAUCUGGCCAUGUUUCCUGACACCAUCCCAAGGGUUGACUCUUCCUCUCUGGUUGAAGUAAGGGGUGCUUGUGUGAAGAGUGCAGAAGAGCGUGACACUCCCAAACUAUAUUGUGGAGCUGAUGGAGAUUGGCUGGUUCCUCUUGGAAGGUGCAUCUGCAGUACAGGAUAUGAAGAAAUCGAGGGUUCUUGCCAUGCUUGUAGACCAGGAUUCUAUAAAGCAUUUGCUGGGAACACAAAAUGCUCUAAAUGCCCUCCACAUAGUUUAACCUACAUGGAAGCAACUUCUGUCUGUCAGUGUGAAAAGGGUUACUUCCGAGCUGAAAAAGACCCACCUUCCAUGGCAUGUACCAGGCCCCCUUCAGCUCCUAGGAAUGUGGUUUUUAACAUCAAUGAAACGGCCCUUAUUUUGGAAUGGAGUCCACCAAGUGACACAGGAGGGAGAAAAGACCUCACAUACAGUGUAAUCUGUAAGAAAUGUGGCCUAGACACCAGCCAGUGUGAGGACUGUGGUGGAGGACUCCGCUUCGUCCCAAGACACACUGGCCUGAUCAACAAUUCCGUGAUAGUUCUUGACUUUGUGUCUCACGUGAACUACACCUUUGAAAUAGAAGCCAUGAACGGAGUAUCUGAGCUGAGUUUUUCUCCCAAGCCAUUCACAGCUAUUACAGUGACCACAGAUCAAGACGGUAAGUUCCACCCCUGUUCUCUCAAAAAGGACCCAUAAUUCCCUUUUGAUGCAUAAUAUCCUUAGUGGAUCGAUAUUCACUAAGGUGCAAUCCUAUAUUCUGUGCACUACAGAGGUGAUAUUCUGGUGGUUGUUUCUUAUUGUUUCCUAAGGUUCAGAAAGAUAUUUUUGUUAUUCCUUUUUAGUAGUAUGCUGAAUUAGAUACAAUGCUUCUCUCUGUUGUCUAAGCAUUUAUGUUUCUUUAUAUAAUUCUACAUAAUCCAAUAUAUCUUAAUGAGUAAGUUCAUAUUACUUACUAAUGAAUGUUAGACAUAAAUGAAACGUUGUUAAAUGAAUUGAAAUUGUUGCCCCACUACACUGCUGUCCCUUUUCCAUAUCAAACAAAGCAAAUUGUAAGAAUUCUUUAAUUAUAAUUCAUACCUAUAUUGUGAAAAUAUUUUUGGCCAACAUACUUAAUCAUGAUCCUCUGUGAAAAGAAAUAGCAAAAAAAUCCAGGAAUAUGUCCAAAUGCUAUUGUUUAGGUGCAGUUUGUAAAAAGUAGUUAAACUGUCUUUUUUUAAAAAUCUAAUUGCUUUCAGUUAAGUGUUCCUUUUAUAAUGCUAUAGAUUUUUACUACAAUAUAGUUAGGCACAAAUACACCUAUGAUUUUUUUAUAAGCAUAUAUUCUCUUUAAUUCUUCCCUAAUGACUUAUUGCAGAGCACAAUACAGGAAAAGCUUCAGAGCUUUUAAAAACUCCCUUUGAGAAGCAUUCAUAAAUCAUGUGGAUACACAAAUGAUUGUCUUAUGGAAGAAAGUGUUGUAUAUGAACACACACAUAUAUAUAUAACAUAUUUAUAAGGAUAAAACUAUUUUUAUACACUGCAUUUGUUUGCUGGGUCUGCUAUAACAAAUGCCACAGACUAGGUGACUUGAACACAGAAAUUUAUUUUUUCACAAUUCUGGAGGCUAGAAGUCCAAGAUAAAGGUAUCAUCAGGGUUGAAUUUAUUCCGAAGCCUCUCUCCUUGGCUUGUAGAUAGCUGUUUCCUCUGUGUUUUCCCAUGGUCUUUGCUCUGUGUGUGUCUGUAUCCUAAUCUCUUCUUCUUAUAAGGUUAUUGUCAUAUUGGAUAAGACCCCACCCAUAUGACUUCAUUUUACCUUCAUGACCUCUUUAAAGACCCUGUCCCCAAAUACAGUCAUAUUCUGAGAUGCUAAGGUUAGGACUUCAGCAUAUAAAUUUUGGGAGGAUGCAGUUCAUUCAACCCCUAACAGACACUUAGAGCAGCAUAUGAUGAUAUUUUUAAAUAUAAAUAUAUCGAAAGUGUUGGAAUACAACUAAGCAAUAGAAAGGAACAAAAUAGUGAUACAAGCUCUUGGAUUAACUUUGAGGGCACUGUGGUGAGUGUAAAAGUCA